AUGCCAGACAGGUUGUCGCGUCUGAAGGCGAAGCUGUUACGACGAUCACCAAUUCCUAAAGCGGACGGGGCGGAUCCGGUCCACUCCAUCUCAAACUCUCCCUCUGCUCCGCAGCUUGUCGACUCCAACAAAUCCCCGGCGUAUAGCAUCGUCUCUUCGCAUUGUGCCGAUACUAUCGGUCCUACCGAACACAAACCCCUAUCGCUAGGACCGCACGAACCGGUUUCCGCGCCACAGUCGGACAGACAGCCAACACCUGAGAACCGUACUUGUACAUCGUCUCCCGAAGCGCAUACCUCUUCGCUACAUACUCCUCUCACGGGCCCUUCGUCCCUCCUCGAAACACCUCCGUUGCCAACUCCUCAGCAUUCCGACAGCACCUCCUUCCAGUCGACCCACAAAGCUCAAGCCUCAACACCAGCUGCGAGCCAGUUGACUCCCACCCUCAACACUGUUGUUGAGUGGCCUGCAUACGACCGUAGGCCUUCUGCGCCCUAUUACACUCCUUCCUCGAGUAAGCGACCUAGUCUUGCGAUCCGCCGUCAAUCUCUUCUACCAGCGACACAUCAGCACUUGGUUGGUGGGCUGUUGGAGGCGAAUAUCUUCUCUGCACUAGGAGACCAGAUAAGCGAUUUUGCUCCUGCCCCUCCUCGCGAAAUGGUACAACGUCGGAUUUGGGUCAAACGACCCGGUGGCUCAGCCACCUUGGUGCCGUGCAUGGAGGACGCGGUGGUGGAUGAGCUCCGCGACCAAGUGAUCAUGAAAUAUGUCAAUUCGCUAGGAAGAAGUUUCGACUCGCCAGAUAUCGUGAUCAGAAUAGCACCACGAGAAGGAUCAAAUCGACAAACCCACCCAGAACGCCUGUUGAGCCCAGAGGAAGUUUUGUCAUCUCUGCUCGACGCCUACUACCCCGGUGGACAGAAAAUUGAGGAAGCGUUGAUGAUCGAGGCACCGACGCGCCGAACACCAAAGCCAUCUCCGCGCCACUCGAUAUACACCCAUCAUAAUUCUGAACCAGGCGAACAUGGCGAUUACUUCCCCCUCAUGCCCGUCAACCCGACCUCCAGCAGCCCGGCCGCACAUCCACACCCAGUUCCUGCAGCAGCGGCGAGUGCACCUUCGAUUUCCAUACUCAAUACCGGGGUUGCUCCUCCAUUACCAUCUCCAGGGAACCGCAGGCGGCAUCACCAACGACCUCCGCUGACGCGACACGCAACAAACUCCCCCACGAUUCAUGGCCAUAUUCCUGUCGUAACAGAAACCGGUCCUUCUCCCCACGCUCAACCUCCCCCAACAGUUGCCGCUCCUUCUGGUUCAACGCCUCCGGUAUCAGUAGCAGAGUCUCCACAAGUCAAAUCACACACCCCCCCAGCAGUAUCAUCACCACGCUCUGUUCGCAAAACAAAAGCGGCAGUCUCCCCUGGCGCAGUCUUUGGUGGAUUGAUCGAUGGUACUGUUCCACCAAUUAAUGUGCUCAUUGUGGAAGACAACAUCAUCAACCAGAAGCUCCUGGAAGCUUUCAUGAAGAGAUUGAAAGUGCGUUGGAAGUGUGCCGCAAACGGUGAGGAAGCAGUGCGGAAAUGGCGGCAAGGCGGUUUCCAUCUGGUGUUGAUGGAUAUCCAGCUUCCCGUCAUGAACGGACUAGACGCAACCAAGGAGAUCCGACGUCUUGAGCGCCUCAAUGGUAUUGGUGUGUUCCCUAAGACAGCCUCUGGACGCUCUAGUGUGUCUAGUACCGCUUUGCUGGAUAGAAGACCCGGUCUCCAGCGGACCCUCAGCGAGGAUGACACUUUGCCUGACCUGUCGCUCUUCCGGAGUCCAGUCAUUAUCGUCGCUUUGACAGCAAGUAGUUUGCAAAGUGAUCGACACGAAGCCUUGGCCGCUGGUUGCAACGAUUUCUUGACCAAGCCGGUUGGUUUCCCUUGGCUCGAGCAGAAGGUGACAGAAUGGGGCUGCAUGCAAGCCCUCAUUGACUUUGAGGGCUGGCGGAAAUGGCGAGGCUUCAUGGAUUCCCCUCGACCCAGCUCUCCAGCCAUUGACAACGCCGCCAGCCCCAUGCAAGGUGGUCAUCGCGUUGAACCUGCCCAAGAAGACCCUUCCUCGCCUUCUAGCGCUCGCACGACUUUCAAGACACCAAAGCCAGAUCAACUCAAAGACAGACCCGGCCUUCCUGAUUCUGCAGAGAUUAUGCGGGAAGAUUCAUGGGGCAGUGGCAGCCCUGAUAGUAUAGAUUCGCCCUCGAGUCCACAAACCACCCCUGGAGAUCUUGCGCCUACAAGUGAGGACAAUAGCGCCCCAGAGUAA